UUGGAUUAAUGUGGAUGAGUGGAAAAUAUUUGUAUAAGAAAACAAGAGCAGAUUUGAAGAGCAAUVAAGAUCGAUUAUGUUAUGGACCUAGUACAUUGGCCGUCCAAUCAAAUCUAGACGAUGAAAAUCAACUAUCCUAUACAAUCGCGCAAUGUUCGAGUGCUGAAAUGCCUGCAACUCUGAAUUUACUAUACAAUGAAAUAUUACCACCGCAGCCUCAUUGCCCGAUGAUAAAUAUAGAGUUACAAACAAAAUCUAUGAACCCGGUUGAACUGCUCCAUCAACUUAUACCGGGGAUUAAAUAUGAACAUGAAAUUACGCGCAAGACACCUGUAACUGUUAGAGUUGAAACUAUAAUACAUGGAAAACCUUUUCGUGCACAAGGACCAACAAAAAAACAUGCAAAAAGGGUAAUCAGCAUGAUGGCUCUGCACUAUUUUUACGGAUAUGAUCAUGCAAUUAGUGUAACACAGGGAUGGAUUCCUUCACUUAAAUCAUUCAAAAGGAUCCGAUAAGCAACACAACCGCAAUACCCAAUUUACCAAUCGUACCUAUACUGUUUCUUUUUACAUAAAAUAUUAUCUAUCAUACACAGUGACUUAGAGACUCAACGCCUAUAUUUAAC